AUGAAAAAUGAAAUUUAUGAUCCAGAACGUCCAGAUCUAUUUAUCAAACCACAAAGCAGGUGGGAUCAGCUCCCUGCAGUCAAUCCUUUAGGAGAAAUUCCGGAAAAUCUCAUAGAGGAGGUACUUGGGAUGGAUGAUAUUCUGUUGGAGGAUAUCAUCCUAGAUGAUAUCCCAAUACCAAUAGGUCAGGAUGAUAUCAUAAGGCCAAUGGAGGAAUUAAAACAGGAGGUUAUAGUCGCUCCAAACCAACCCAUUCCAUUUGUCAAUGAUUUAACUGAGGCUGCAGGAAAUUAUAUCCGCACCCGCACUCAGCCAGCAUUAAUUAUUAGAACGCCACCGGUUGGUCUGAUAGACCAAAAACUACCCAUACUGGAAGAAGUACCACUACCAGCGCCACGACGCCGGAUUGCGCACAUUCCACGACAAUUGCCAAAAGUGCCAACUCUGAGAGCUCCAGCAGUAUUAGCGCCACGACAAUUGCCACCAGUGCAAACUCCGAAAGCUCAACCAGUGCCAGCUCCGAGAGCUCCGAGAGCUCCAGCAGUACCAGCGCCACGACGCCGGAUUACACGAAUUCUCCGAAAAUUGCCACCAGUGCCAGCUCCGAGAGCUCCAGCAGUACCAGCGCCACGACAAUUGCCACCAGUGCCAGCUCCAAGAGCUCCAGCAGUACCAGCGCCACGACAAUUGCCACCAGUGCCAGCUCCUAGACGUACGAUUCAAAUCAAUGCUCAUCCUCUUCGAAAAAAUAAAUGUCGACGCUUGUCAAAGGCAGAGAGAGUCUUGGCAACCGCAUCCUCGAAAAAGAGGAGUUAA